UGUCUCAGUUCAGUGCUUUUAUGGCUAAACAAAUAUAAUUCGUGUGGCUUCUUCGUUUAAAACACUUCCUUAGAUUUAGAAACAUUUUGGAUUUUACAUUAUCAAAUUACAGGCCAGCCCUCUAAGCCUCGAAUAAAGUUGAAAAGGUCAUUUGGAUGAAUUGUUAAUGAAGUAAUAAACUCCCUCUUAUCGCGAUAGGAACAACUAACAAAGCAAUGGCUGCAGAAAACGACGCUACCGAGUUGGAAUUUGAAAUGAAAGGAUCGAAGCACGCUCGUGGCUUGUCUGAGACGAAACUGACUGGAGAUUUAAAAGAAAAAACUUUCGCUUUUCGGAGUUUAAAGAAAAAUCUGCGACUCCUUAUUUCUGUUUCCGUUGCUGUUAUCUUGUUUAUAAUCUGCAUAGUGCUCAUGGCUUUAUUGGUGACAAAAUCUGCGAAGGAUGUUUCAAAUUCAGAUAAUGAAGAUUCAACUAAGAGCAUAUACGUUUAUUCUGAUGAAGCUCAACGCAUCAAAUUACAAAAUUUCUUACAAAGGGUUCAAGAUACAUAUUUCAAGUAUAAUUCACACACGCUUACUUGGGAACCUCAGAUACGAACCGACGAACUGAAACGCAGACAUUUACCAUUCAACGCAACUCCAGAAUAUCUUAAGGAAAAAACGGAUGCUGCAUUAAAACUUUUAGAUGAAAUCAACGCAAAAAACAUCGAUGAAAAUAAAAUAACCCCUCGCGAAGUUAAAGCUUUGGAGCAGGUAAAGCACUUUCUGAAAUCGAUUUUUGGUGCUCCUUACGGCGAAAACUUUUACAAUGCAGAUUGGAUGAUGGGUCCAGACCAUUUUUGUUGGCAAGCAAUCUGUUCAAUUCCUUACCACAUCAACUCUUACGGAAGCCGUGUUACACCACAAAGUUUUGAAGAUGCUGAGAAAAUUAUAGAGAAAAUUUUAUCGAACAGGCAUUCAAUUAUGCAAUUCAAAUCAAACAUGCAGCUAGGCGUUCGAACAGGAAUGGUUCGCUCAAAAGUUACCUGUAUCUCUGGUGUUAACUCGUUCAAACAGAUGUUUAAGAAAAUUUUGAGUGAAAAUAACGCCAGAGAAGUGGUGAACGAGUGGUUUGUUAAUGUCUACGUUCAAGACGAGUUCAGUAAAGAUUUGUCGUUGAAAGAUCGAGAGAAAUGGAUGGUAACGUACAAGAAAAAUUUUAGCCAAUCCGUUAAAGAAAGUUUAAUCGAAGGAAUUGGCAAGCCUGUAGUCGAUCUUGUUAAGUACAUGGAAAAUGUACAUCUACGACAUUGCCUUCCAUUAAAUCAUGCCAGUGGUCUUGCCAAUCUUCCAGUGAAGUACAUAUAUGUCGAUGGAAAGAGAACAGAUAAUCGCACUACCAGGAGACUUCCUAUCACGAACACGAUUAUUGAUGGAAAGAAAUCGUACAAAAAUAUUUUGGCUUUUUUUACUACGAGUGACAUUACUCCUGAAAGAGUAAACGAAAUCGGUCAUGAACGAUUGAAUGUCCUCUAUCCUCAGGUUGUAGAAAUCGCUAAAAAUGUCACUGGACUGUCAGAUGAAACCGCCGCCAUAACAGCUUUUCGUAAGAUACUAGCAAAUCAAACGUCAUAUUAUAACAAGGAGCCUUUUCCUGAGAUCGAAUCAAAUGCUACCGCCCACAAGCGCUGUACAGACAUGGAAAGUGCUCGAAUGUUUUGUCCGGAACGCUACAAAUCAUUAAAAGUUUGGAUGGCGUCAUGUCGAGAGAUCAUGAGCAUGCUUGCACCAAAAAUCAUCAAUUUAUUUUAUCAUACCGGUGAAUGGAUAACAGUACCUAACUGUCCUAUUGAAAUGGAGCCUACUUUUAAUCCUUCAUCUGGAGCCCAGUACUUUCAGCGCUCUACAAAGGCGUGUACAUUUCCAACAAAGUUUGGUCUACCUUUCUUUCUUGAAAAUCAUGGUCCUCGGUUUUCGGAGUGGUCCGUAACUGCGCAUGAGGCUUGGCCUGGACACCACACUCAAGUGCAAAGUCAUAUAGAAUAUUUCAAAGACCCUUAUGGUGGUCUGCCGAAAUGGUUGGACGAUAGAACCUAUUACACAUUCUUCAGCGAAGGCUGGGGUUUGUAUUCGGAAAACCCCGUCAUUUCCGAGGACACCGACACCUACAAAGAAGAACCAAUGCAGAAAUUUGGCAUGCUAAAAUGGCAGAUAUGGAGAGCUCUACGUUUGAUUGUUGAUACUGGAUUACAUUAUCGUGGAAUGAAUAGAAGCAAAGCCUUAUGGUACUUCGCCCACUAUGCCUGGGACGAGACAGACCUUGCGCAAAAGGAGAUAAGUCGGUACCAGGGUCUUCCCGGACAAGCUACAGCGUACAUGUUGGGUCAACAGAAACUCGUUGAGCUUAGAAACUAUGCAAAGAAACAACUAAACGAUACAUUCAAGAUUCAAGAGUUUCAUUAUCAGGUUUUGUGUCAAGGUUCUGCGCCUGAGGCCUAUCUUAACAAACACAUUGAGAAAUUUGUAAAAUGUAAGCUUGGGAAGCUGACUCGAAAGACAUGUGAUGUUAUCCUAAAGCCACCAAAGAAAAAUAACUCGCCACAGGUUGUCCAUGACUAUUUACCGCCUCGACCACCCAGAACCCAUUAUGUUUAGUAUUUUUACCAUUCAUGUUCAUCAUACAUCAAAUUUUGGCCCCAUAUCUCCCCAAAUUAUGACUUUGCUCCAUUUUAAAAAUGCGAUUUUCACCUUCUCUUUUCCUACUAGAUUUAUACACCCCAGUCAUAAUUUCUUCCCACUUUUAUUUUCCUUGGAUCUUAUUUCCUAAAGAUCAUUGCAUUCACUUGCGCAUGUGUGUCACUCACGUGCCAGGGCCCGUCCACACUAACGCGGAUUCAAAAUUAUACGGAUUCCUUUAAUCAAAAACGCAUCAACUGAUCCGCGUCCACACUGCCUUUUUUUAUGCGCUUCCAAUGGUCUUUACUACCCUUUGAAGGAUGUAAUGAAUGCCUUGCAAAACAUAAUGAACACUUUGCUCAUGCAAAAGACGACUUUUCGGAACAAAAGUUUGUGAAACGAAACUGGUGUCUCCUCGCUCUUUCAACAAAAAUCUUUUCGCCUCACUUAGUCGUAUGUUGUAGCUAUUUCGUUGAAUGCAGCUCUAGAAAAAGCUAUUUCCACAUAACAGUCGGCUGUGUGUAAAACAAGGAAUGGGGAAUCGGGGAAUGGAAUGGAGGAAUGGGAAAACCCGGAAUGAGAAAAGCCGGAAUCUUUGAAACCCGGAAUCAUCAAAGCCGGAAUUUGUAACACCCGGAAUGAGAAAAGCCGGAAUCUGCAAAACCCGGAAUGAGAAAAACCGGAAUCUGUAAAACCCGGAAUGGGAAAAGCUGGAAUCUGUAAAAGCCGGAAUAGGAAAAGCCGGAAUUUGUAAAACCCAGAAUGGGAAAAGCCGGAAUCUGUAAAACCCGAAAUGAGAGAAACUUUGUCAUUUAUAAUAACUGUAGUAUAUACACAACAACGAUAAAUCCAAAUUAUGUUAACCUUUUGAUUCUUCGUGUUGACAUAGAAUAAUGUGUUACAUUAUUUGGAGUCACCAUAUACAAAUUUAUUAUGACCAAAACUUACUGACCACUUCAAAAAAAAACAAAAAAUAAAACAAAUUAGAAUCCCGAGUAAUGUCUUCUAAUCGAGUUUUUUUUAUUUUGUUCUUUCGAUAUUGGAACUAGAGAUUUCACAGUUGACACGCAUCAAUGACAUAUCUUGUAAUUUAACACCUUAAUGACAGAUUAUGAUUAAUGAAGAUAUUCAAAACCUCCUAUUAAAACGUAUGUGAAAAGUAUUUUUCUCUCAAAACUUUCGCUGUAUGCCCAAGGCAUGUAACUUAAACUCUACGAGUAAUCUUGGCUACAUGUAAGUUUACAAAUAACUGUCAAAUCUCUAGUUACAAUAUCCAAUGAACAAUAUUUUAUAUUAUGUUUUGCGUUUGGUUGAUAUCGUUUCAAUUUUUAUGCAGAUCCAACCGUCCAUACUAGCUCAAAACAUAUGUCGUUUUUAUCCACUUUCGACAGCAUUUCCAAACUGAUAUACUGACUCGGUGAAUCCGAUCCGCAUGCUAAUGUGGUCGGAAGGCCUAAGCGUAUCAAAAUGUUUACGGAUUUGACCGAAUCCGUGUUAGUGUGGACGGGCCCUCAGUGAAUCAAGAGCCUAAUAAUAACAAUCAAACUAUCUAUUGUGAGAACGUCUAUAUAAUUUUACCUAUACUUAAAAGAUAUAUAGCUUUUGAACUUAGUACGUAUAAGAAGGUCGAACAUUUUUAACAGAUUUUUAUCGUUUUUUCUGUA